AUGGAGAAUCAGCUGUUCAACUUGCAGUAUAUGGCCAAAACCUUGGCAAGGUCGGCAGCUAGAUGCGAGAAAGCUGAAAAGGAAGAAGAGCGAAAAAUAAAAGUCGCGUUGGCGAAGAAUAAUCACGAAGGUGCUCGCAUACAUGCUGAAAAUGCCAUUCGACAGAAGAACCAAGCAGUCGCAUUCCUCCGUAUGUCCGCCAGAGUCGACGCUGUAUGUGCGCGUGUUAAGACAGCCAUCUCGCUGAAAUCACUUACCAGUAAUAUGUCUUCUGUGGUGAAGUCUAUGGAUGCUGCAGCAAAGUCCAUGAACCUUGAGAAAAUGAUGAAGCUAAUGGAUUCUUUUGAGAAAAACUUUGAGAACCUCGAUGUUCAGUCACAAGUCAUGGAUAGCGCCAUGGGAAAUACAGUUACUCUCACAACACCAGAGGACCAAGUGACUGGAUUGAUGAGAAAGGUAGCUGACGAGGCGGGCAUAGAACUCUCGAAUCAACUCCCCGGAGAUUCAGGUAGUCGGGUCUCCGUGAGUGCUGCCGAAGAAGAUGAUCUUUCCAAACGUCUUGCACUAUUGAGACAAGCAUAA